AUAUUGAAGUUAUAUGGUGGCCAAGAUUUUACAGGAAUUAUAGUUACAGGAAUAAUCAAGGAUGCUUUAAUGUAAAUUCGGAUCCCUUACUUUGCACAUCAGACGUGCUCAGUUUUAUAAAUUGUCCAAAAAAUCUAUUUACACAAGUACCAAAGAUUCCAUGUUUUAAGGAAACAAAAGCAAUAAUGACAUAUUUGCAUGAUAAAGUUAAAUCUGUUAUUCAUAAAAUACAAUUUAAUUGGAAUAUCAAAAUAUACAAAGUUUUACUGAAUUUUUCAAAUAAGUACGGCGAAAAUAUUGAAAUUGAAUAUAAACAAAUUACAAGUACAACAGAGGAUAAAUCUAACACAGUGGAGAAAUCAUUAAAUGUGAGGACAAAAUAUAUUAAAUUUGCCGUUGGAAUGAUAGUCACUCAUUCGCAUGAUUCCGAUGAUUGUGAUGGCGUAAUAAUUGGAUGGGAUAAUACAUGUGACAUAGAGGUCGUAGACAAAUUAGAGUGGAGUUUUUUCAAACCUUGUUACUAUAAUUUCAUCUACGCACAAGCACGAAAUGAUAUUGAUGUCGAUAUUGAUUGUGAACAGCCGUACUAUAUUAUUCUCACUGAGAAUAAAAAAUGUUAUGUGCGACAAGAUGCAAUACGGCCUUGUCAGCCCAAAAAAAUCGAUAACAUAGAAAUUGGAAAAUACUUCUCCAAUUUCGAAGGUACGCAUUACGUACCGAAUGAAACCUUAAGAAAACAUUACCCAGAAGAUAUCGCUGCAAUACUCAGUAUACUUGCUAAAUGAGAUACUACUUUAGCCUUAGUAUUUAAAGCAUCUGCAAAAGCCAUUUCUAAUACUCGUGAAUUAAUAAUGACACGCACUAUGAAAGUUUUUUUAAACUACGCAUCGCUUUCUCAAAUUCUUUAUUACAACUGUCGAAAAAUUUUGUUGAGUUUGCGUCAUCCAAUCCGCGACGUUGUACA